CCUAAAAGGCGAGGGAGGGGGCGCACGGGUGACAACAGCCGGAGUAGCUGCGCCUCCCACUCCCCCCUCACAACCACAGUCUGGGGCUCAUUGGUCCCGUAUGUUAAUGAGCUCCCCUUUCCUUUUCCCACUAGUGCGGAAAGGGAGCAGUGGGGAGGAAGGGGAAGUUGCUUUCCUGUUUGACAGCCCUUGGGUUGCUAAGCUCGCCGUGCUUUACGGCCGCCCGCAGCCACCGCGAGAGCGUCGUGAGGAGAAUGAGGCCGGCGCCAGGAAAAGGCCCCAAACAUCGUGCUUGUUCCUAAUAGGGGAGGUGCUACAGCCCCUAUAUUGUUGUUUAAUCGUGUCCGACUCUUCGUGCCCCCCUGGACCAGAGCACGCCAGGCACUCCUGUCUUCCACUGCCUCUCACAGUUUGGCAUUGGUAUUUCUCUGGCUGCCGUGAGUCUGCCUGGAUAGAAUGGACCCUGUUGUCCUAAGUUACAUGGACAGUUUGCUGAGACAAUCAGAUGUCUUGUUGCUGGAUCCUCCCUGCUGGCUCAACGACCACAUCAUUGGGUUUGCCUUUGAGUACUUUGCCAGCGACCAGUUCCAAGACUUCUCUGAUCAAGUGUGCUUCGUUGGCCCCGAGGUGGCUCAGUUCAUCAAGUGCACGAGCAGCCAAGAGGAGCUGGCCCUAUUUCUUGAGCCUUUGAACCUCCUCCACAAGAAAAUAGUGUUCCUGGCCAUCAACGACAACUCCAGCCAGGCUGCUGGCGGCACACACUGGAGCCUACUAGUUUACUUCCAAGACAAAAACCGCUUUGCUCACUAUGAUUCCCACACCAGGAGCAACUCUGCCCAUGCCAGACGGGUAGCAGGGAAUUUGGAGGUCUUUCUCGGCAAGAAAGGCAAAGUUGCCUUUGUAGAGGAGAAGGCCCCUGCCCAGCAGAAUAGCUAUGACUGUGGGAUGUACGUAAUCUGUAACACAGAAGCUCUGUGUCAGGAAUUUUUCCGGGGACAGCAGCAGCCAGUGCUUCAGCUCCUUACUCCCUCCUACAUAACAGGCAAGAGAGAAGAAUGGAAGGAACUCAUUGCUAAGCUGUCCCAGAAGUGACCUGCCAGUCUCCAAUUAUUGUCGUUCUUGUCUUGCUCUCAGUGCCUGAGAGGAGGGAAGCUUGUACAUAGGGUUUUCCCAACAGAAAGAAUGUAUUUAUGUUUCUGCACUGCCUUUAUUCUGCUGCUGAUCAGAAUAGAGCUGAGUCGUAGGAAAGGUACAUUUCUUCCCUGAAGUGUUGGGCAGUUCUGGCUUUGGCCAUUUAUCCCACCCCCUUCCAAUAUCCCAAAAAAUUCUCACAACACCCAACUUCUUUGUGUGUGGUCAAUUUUCAGUGAUGUCAGUGACAUUGUAUAUUUCUGCCUUUAUUCAAUUGUUUCAGCCAUCUUUCAAAACUCAUGCAGAAACCACCAGAAGUCAGAUAAGAUGUGAUAAUGGUACCAGCCAUCUUGUUUCAAAACUCCCCAAAACAUUGUUCCUGCUUUUCUGAAUAAGGAUUGUUGUAUUAAAUGUUUUGACUACCUUGAGAAAAUUGUACACAUCAGUAUGAUGACAAAGAAUUUCUAUAUUGUAAACCUUGCUGGCAAGAAAUACGGUCGUUUCUGCUGUUGAGUUUCUAGCAGUACUUCCUGCAUCACUUUGAUGUGUUUAGCUGGACUUAGUUCCUAGAACUAAGGAUUUCUGGAUACACUUAUGAAAACAGGAGGGCAGUUUUGUAUAUCUGCAUUUAUUAGGAGCACGGAUUGGCUUUGAUUCCACUACAACAGCAAGUGGACAGCAGCUUGCUUCAUUAAUCUGCUCUAUGCCUUGUGGGGAGUAAGUUGGGAAUCCGAAACUUAGAAAAGCAGCAUACUGGUAACAAAAGGAAGCAAUGGAUUCAUUAGUCCUCUUGAUGUGUCUCCUGCUUGCAGUUACUCUUCACCAGUAACAAUAUGUGGGGUGGUAGGGGAACUAUCCUCAGCUGCAUAUGACACCCUUCUAUUGCUGGGUAACAUUGGAUUGCUUCCUUCUGUGAAACAUGCAGCUUUGCUUAAAAAAAGUAAGUGGAUCUAUCCUGUUGGAUCGCAUACCCUGGUGGGUGGUGGAGCCCAAAUGGCUGUAUCCUUUGUUUUUCCUGCUAGCUUUCUUUUUAAAAAAAUUACCAAGAAAUGAUGCCUUAGCCACACAUCCUAUUUCCUAAUGCUGCACAAGGAAACACAGCAAACAAGUUCUGCAAUUAUUCAAGUGUGUGAUGGCACUGUUGGGGCAGAAAAGCUUUAAUCAUUUUUUCAUUGCACAUGUGUAGAGAGGAGGCCUGAUGACUUUUACUCCGUUUAGGAAAAUCUGCAGCCAAAAAUAAAGAGAAUUGGCACUUCUAAGUGUUGUGUUCAGGUUUAUCAUGGGGGCUUUUGUUCUCUUAGCUCCCUUAAAUAAGCAAGG